UUUUUUCCCAGGGCUUUUGCGGGGAAGUGAAAGAGCGGCGGUCCUUCCGCGCCGAAGUCCAAGAAAGCAAAAGGACGCGGAUCCGGGUUUGGAUUUGUAGCUAGGUUGUGGAUUCCGCGGCAAAUGCACCGGCGUUUGGCGCUGAAGUGAGUCUAGAUCUUCCAAUCCUCGUCCCCAGGCAUGGCGUCCCGCUACGAUUCGAAUCCAUUCGAUGAGGAAGACGUCAAUCCCUUCUCGGAUCCGGCUGUGCGUGCUCAAAUGACUGGGAAGCCAUCCUAUCUCGGCAACAAUUUCUAUGAAUCGAAACCAUACAAUGUUCCUCAGGUGAAUUCGAUAUCUCCGCUAGCACCGGAGCGUACCUCGGUGGGCGAUGCUACCGUGGAAAUUCCCUUGGGCAACAUGAAGGAUCUCAAGAAGCGCGAGAAGGAACUGAAAGACAAGGAGGAACAACUUCGAAAGCGAGAAGCCGACGUGAAAAGGCGAGAGGAUGCUGCUGCAAGAGCUGGUAUUGUGUUGGAGGAGAAGAACUGGCCACGCUUUUUCCCGAUCCUACACCAUGACAUUGCGGCUGAUAUCCCGGCCUACUUGCAGCGCAUGCAGUACUUUGCUUACGGAAGCUGGCUCGGAAUUCUCCUGUGCCUGACAUGGAACUUCAUUUCCGUCACCGGAGCCUGGAUCCAGAAGACUGUCAGUGCCUCGUAUGGUGUGCAGAUAUGGUUUCUGGCCAUCAUCUACAUCCUGGCAGGCUUUCCCGGAUCAUAUUUCCUCUGGUACAGACCCCUGUAUCGGGCUAUGAGGUCAGAGAGUGCUCUUAAGUUCGGAUGGUUCUUCAUCGCGUAUUUGUUUCACAUAUUGUUUUGCAUCUUCUGCGCCGUCGCUCCUCCCAUUGUGUUCAAAGGAAGAUCAUUGACGGGCAUUCUACCAGCGAUUCAGAUCUUCUCUGACAGUGUCAUAAUCGGGAUAUUCUAUCUCGUUGGCUUUGGCCUUUUUGUCCUGGAAUCUCUCCUCAGCCUAUGGGUUCUCCGGGAGGUGUAUGCGUACUUCCGGGGUACAGGCAAAGCGGCACAACUGAAGAGGGAGGCAGCACGCAACGUUGUAGGUGCUACAAUUUAGAAGGGAAGGAAACUUUGGUGUAGUAUGUAUAUGGGAUCACAUUUUUUGCCUGCACGCACCGAUUCUGACCCUGUGGCUAAAGAUGUAGUGGUUUUUUUCUU